GCCGCGGCGGCCGCUGCUGCUGCUGCUGCUGCUGCUGCUGCUUCUGCCGCCGCUGCCGCCGCCGCCGCCUGGAUAUAGUGCGGCAGGAGCGGAGCUUGCAGUCACUUUGCGAGGAGGAGCGCGCGGGCUGCGGGCGGCUGGGGCACCCGGGAGCGGCGGCGGCUCUAGCGGAGGCGGCCGGGGCAGCGGAAGGUUCUCUCUCCAGGGCUGGACUUAAUAACUUUGAAACUGUCCACCGGUGUCACGUCCUGAACAUGAGCCUCCUCCUCUCCUUCUACCUGCUCGGGUUGCUUGUCAGUAGCGGGCAAGGUCUUCUUCAAGUGACAAUUUCACUCAGCAAAGUAGAGCUCAGUGUGGGAGAAUCUAAAUUCUUCACAUGUACAGCAAUUGGUGAACCUGAGAGUAUAGACUGGUAUAAUCCUCAAGGAGAGAAGAUAAUUUCAACCCAGAGGGUAGUGGUGCAAAAGGAAGGCGUUAGGUCACGAUUAACCAUUUACAACGCAAAUAUAGAAGAUGCAGGGAUAUAUCGUUGUCAAGCAACAGACGCCAAAGGACAGACACAAGAAGCUACAGUAGUUUUGGAAAUUUACCAAAAACUCACUUUCAGAGAAGUGGUAUCUCCACAAGAAUUCAAACAAGGAGAGGAUGCAGAAGUUGUUUGCCGAGUUAGCAGCUCACCUGCUCCUGCUGUCAGCUGGUUGUAUCAUAAUGAGGAAGUCACCGCUAUUUCCGACAACCGGUUCGCUAUGUUAGCAAACAAUAAUCUGCAGAUUCUCAACAUCAAUAAGAGUGAUGAAGGUAUAUACAGGUGUGAAGGAAGAGUGGAAGCACGGGGAGAAAUUGACUUUCGUGAUAUCAUUGUUAUUGUUAAUGUGCCGCCAGCAAUCACAAUGCCUCAGAAAUCCUUUAACGCCACAGCAGAGCGAGGAGAAGAGAUGACAUUUUCCUGCAGGGCCUUGGGCUCUCCUGAACCCUCCAUCUCCUGGUACAGGAACGGCAAGCUCAUUGAAGAAAAUGAAAAGUACAUAUUGAAAGGAAGCAAUACAGAACUCACUGUCAGAAACAUAAUUAAUAGUGAUGGGGGUCCUUAUGUCUGCAGGGCCACAAAUAAGGCAGGAGAAGAUGAAAAGCAGUCAUUCCUCCAAGUCUUUGUACAGCCUCACAUAAUACAGCUUAAAAAUGAGACUACGUACGAGAAUGGUCAAGUCACACUCAUAUGUGAUGCAGAAGGGGAGCCUAUUCCAGAAAUCACUUGGAAAAGAGCCGUGGAUGGCAUCACAUUUUCUGAAGGCGAUAAGAGCCCAGACGGCCGUAUUGAAGUCAAAGGGCAGCAUGGAAGCUCAUCACUGCAUAUUAAAGAUGUGAAGUUGUCAGAUUCAGGGAGAUAUGACUGUGAAGCUGCAAGUAGAAUUGGAGGGCACCAAAAGAGCAUGUACCUUGAUAUUGAAUAUGCUCCGAAGUUUAUAUCAAACCAAACGAUUUAUUACUCUUGGGAAGGAAAUCCUAUCAAUAUAAGUUGUGAUGUGAAAUCAAAUCCACCAGCAUCAAUCCACUGGAGAAAAGAAAAAUUAGUCUUACCGGCUAAAAACACCACCAAUUUAAAGACAUAUAGUAUAGGAAAAAAGAUGAUAUUAGAGAUUGCACCUACAUCUGACAAUGACUUCGGACGAUAUAAUUGCACAGCCACUAACCGCAUAGGAACAAGAUUUCAAGAAUAUAUCCUUGCUUUGGCUGAUGUGCCAUCCAGUCCCUAUGGAGUGAAGAUUAUAGAGCUGUCACAGACCACAGCCAAGGUUUCUUUCAACAAACCGGACUCCCACGGAGGUGUGCCUAUUCAUCACUAUCAGGUGGAUGUCAAAGAAGUGGCGUCAGAGAUCUGGAAAAUAGUACGCUCCCAUGGAGUUCAAACAAUGGUUGUUUUGAGCAACCUGGAACCAAAUACAACUUAUGAAAUCAGGGUUGCAGCUGUAAAUGGAAAGGGACAAGGAGACUACAGUAAAAUAGAAAUUUUCCAAACAUUACCAGUCCGUGAACCAAGUCCUCCAUCCAUACAUGGACAGCCAAGCAGUGGGAAGAGCUUUAAACUCAGUAUCACCAAACAGGAUGAUGGAGGGGCCCCUAUUUUGGAAUACAUAGUGAAAUAUAGAAGUAAAGAUAAGGAAGACCAAUGGUUAGAGAAAAAAGUUCAAGGAAAUAAAGAUCACAUCAUUUUGGAGCAUCUACAGUGGACAAUGGGUUAUGAAGUUCAAAUUACAGCUGCCAACAGAUUGGGAUAUUCUGAACCAACCGUUUAUGAGUUCAGCAUGCCACCAAAGCCCAACAUUAUUAAAGACACACUUUUUAAUGGUCUUGGGCUUGGAGCAGUCAUUGGCCUUGGAGUUGCUGCACUUCUGCUAAUCCUAGUGGUAACAGACGUCAGCUGCUUUUUUAUUCGGCAAUGCGGGUUAUUGAUGUGCAUCACCAGGAGAAUGUGUGGAAAGAAAAGUGGCUCCAGUGGCAAAAGUAAAGAACUGGAAGAAGGAAAAGCUGCAUAUCUGAAAGAUGGAUCAAAAGAACCAAUAGUAGAGAUGAGAACAGAGGAUGAAAGAAUUACUAAUCAUGAAGAUGGCAGCCCAGUAAAUGAACCAAAUGAAACCACACCACUAACAGAACCUGAAAAAUUGCCUUUAAAAGAAGAAAAUGGGAAAGAAGUUCUAAAUCCAGAAACUAUAGAAAUUAAAGUUUCUAAUGAUAUCAUCCAAUCAAAAGAAGAUGACAGCAAAGCAUAACGACAAUACUACAGCAGCUUGAACACCACUACAAAGAGCAUUUGGAUUGCAGUGACCCUAUGACCAAAACUAUUCCAUUGACCUUAAUUUCUUGGGAAACUUCUAGCUUGGAAUAGCUUGUACACAUAUACAUAUGAUCAAAAUACUCCUGCCCAUGGUCCAUUUCCUUUCAUUGUCGUUGUUGUUGUUAAUUUUGUUAAGAAUUUCAAUAUAGAGACCUGACUGGCACCAACUCGGGUAUUUAAUUUGAUUCUAUGGCUGACGUACUGCAAUUUGUUAUUUGGCUAAAAUGCUCUAUUUCUUCAGAACUAUAUUUCUUAACACCAACAAAUAUAGUUCAACGUCUCUAACAAAUAGAGGUUUAAGAUACAAAACAAAACAAAACAAAAGCUUUGUGAGCUACAUGUAUAAAAAAGCCCUGCAUGUUUAUGAACGUAUCUAGGGCAAAUAGAUUUUUAAAGUGGCUUUUAGCUUAAGAUGAAGGCAGUUAAUAAAGAUUAUACUUUUUAUCAGGGGAAUUUCAGGGAAUACGGGCUUGAAGGAGCCAGUUGUCUUAAGCGGAUAUUAAAAAUUGAGAAGAACUUUGGAGAUUUCUUUUCAAGUUAUGAUUCAGUACAUUUUCAACAUUGAUUUUUGAUAGACUGAAGUGCCAGAUCAAAAUUGUUACCCAUUUGAAAGAAUAUACAUUGUGUGUAAAAUUAGAUUAGAAAGAUUACCUAAAUCUCUCUUUAUAUGUGUCAUAUUCAUUCAUAAUGGAUUACACAAAAAAUAAAUGUAUUGCAAGUGAAAAUAAUAUUGAUUUCUGCCCUCAGCUUCAAAUAAAAUAAAUUGAAAUGGGAACAAUAUCAA